AAAGGCCAUUUGGAGUUGAGCACCCUUGACGUGCAGCAUGUAUUAUGAAAUUUAUGUAACUGAGUUCUGAUUUAUUUCAAUAAAAUUCAAGUUUUCGUUUGAAUAAUUAAAGAGUGAUAGAGUUCACCGUAGAAAGUAACGCCCAAGGAACAAUUAUUUUUAAGAUUGAAGUCAGCGAUUGAUUAUGGGACAAAGCCAGAGUGCUCGUAAACUGACGAUAAACAAUGAAGAAUCAGUUAUUCAAAUAUCGACGGAUCUCGCCGAUCGUUUAGCAACCAGGAGCCGAAAGCCCCAACCUACAUCAGAUGUCCUGAGUACACCUCCACCGAGUCCACUGAUUACACCAGGUUCCCCCAGCGAGGGAUACACAGCUGUAUACAGUCAUCCUGAGUACACGAUAACAGCUUAUAAAAUGCAGCAGCAGAAGGAGCUGGAACUUCAGGCGCAGGAUCAGUACUGGCAGAAACGACUAACUAACAUGAAAUUAGCUCACGAGAAGAUUAACAGGAUCUUCCAGGAUGAGUACAAACGUGCCAUGGAUGAAGUUACAAACGCUAAAGGUAAUAAAAAUAUAAAUCUUGACACAACCACCCCAGCAUGCGGUGCUGAUAAGGAAAAAGUCCUUCGCUGUUACCAAGAGAAUCCAAAAGAAAUCCUGAAGUGUUCAAGUCUAGUUGAAGAAUUCAAUCACUGUGUAGAUCAACGCCGUUGUGGCCUCAUCUCAGCGGGUUGCUAAUACAUGCUUGCUCAAGUAAAAGCAUGAUUUGUUUCUUUACGCAAAAUAAACCACUUGUUUUCAAAACUGUGGAAAUAAAACUACCUAGUUUUCAAUAAGAUCAGUGGAUAAUUCAAUAGGACAAUGUGUAAAUUAUUUUGUUAUCUGCAUAGACAUCAAGAUCAUUUAUUUUUAUUUCUCCAGCAGAUCCAGAAAUUUAGAUACGUUGAGUGUAUUCAAUUGUACAGAAAUAAUUGAAGAUAUUUGGUAUUGAUUGAUAAUCAUGGUCGCUGUACUAAGGUGAUUCAUCAAAAGAUAUAAAAUGUGAAGUUUAAUGUAAAAGAAA